CAGUACAACUUGGUGCAAAUUUAAGACAUGGUGCUAUGGGCCAGGCCGGAAAUAUUGUUAUUCCUGCUUAUACAGUAUUUGAUGAAGACUGGUCUUUUGCCGAUGGGCAUCCAACUAAUUGCAUUGUAAAUCUACCCAAUGCCAAUGUUACUGCAGAAAAACAGCGAAUACUCUUUGGUUCAACGGUUCAAGGCAGUGAUCUUGUAGGUCAAUUCUAUUCUAAGUUAUGUAAACUUGCUAGGCUUGCUGGUAUUGAUGAACAACUAAUUCAAUUACAAUUUAUUCAUAAACUCAAAGAAAUUAAAAGAUAUAAGACAGAGCAAUUAUCUAAAGCAUAUUUAUAUUCAGGCACAGAUAAAUCUUAUAAAAAAGACAAUAACUCUUCAGGUCUGGGUAUGACCAAAACUGAGAUUGAAAGCUUGAUAAAAUCUAUGAUGCCAUCUAUCCAAGAAAUAAAGACUCAGCACUUUAGUAGAUUUUUACAAUGGCUUAUUGAAGAGAUUCCAGAAUUUGUUCCUGUUCCUAAGCCUGAUUUACCUCCAAAACCAGCAAUAAAAAAAGCAUUGCGAAGCAAUAACCUACAGAGUCUUGAAGUUACAGAUAAUGAUUCUGUAGAAGAUAUGCGUAAACAAUUAGAAAACCUCCAAAUCAAUCUGACUAAAAUGAAAAAAGCUAUGAAAAAGAAUUCUAGCAAGCCUAAAUCUUCUAAUCACAAGACCAAAACCAAAUCUAGAACCAAAAAAUCGAAUCGAUUAAAACAUGUUAAUUUUCAUAUAAUUUCAGAUGAAUUAUCUUCAGACUCUAGUGAUAGCGAAAAUAGUACAAUAUCUAGUAAAAAUGAACUUGAAACCAAUACUUUGACAUGUUCAUGGACUGAAUCAGAAUCAGAUUUCUCUGGAACCAGUGAGUCUAGUAAUUCAGAAAAUGAUGACAAGAGAUCAAAGAAGCACAAAAGUGCCAGGUCAAAAACUUCUACCAAAAAAUCUAGUAAUACCUCUAAUAAAAAGGAUAGUAAAGUUAGACCUGAAGGGUCAUUGCUUCGCAAUACUAGGUCACUUAAAAUUCCUACAGAUAAUAUUAGCCUAAAUGCAUUUUUCGCUAUUUUACAGUCAAUAGUUAAUUCAUUUACUCAUAUACAACCUAAAGAAGUCUCAAUUAAUGGUUAUAAUAUGAUUAAUGCUGAAUUUAUUGCACUGAAAGAUCCUCCAAAUUCUAUAGAAAUUAAUUUUAUUCGUAAAAUUAUUCCUAAUAAUGUUGCAACUAUUACUUGUCAAAUUACUUCACCAUCAGGAAAAAAUAUUCAAGUACCUGGUGCAUUAAUAGAUAGUGGAGCAAACUGUUCUCUUAAAUCAAAAGAAUUCAUUGAAACUUGUUAUAAUGUACCAAUUACUUUUAGCUAUGGAGAUAAUAGUUGUACAAUUACAGAAGACUUUCCAGUAAUGGAUGAUGAUAAACCUUGGAUAUUAUUAGGCACUCCUUUGCUUGAUCAUGCUGGAUGGGAGCCUAUUGUUAAAUGUGAAUUCACGUUAAUACAUAAAGAUAAAGUAAUUACUAUACCUCUUUUAGUAUAUAAGUUUCAGAGAGAGAUAUUUAAACCAGAAAUUAAUCUGACUUUUCACAAGCAAAAUUCAGUCCAAGUAUCUACUGAUUCUUCUAGUCUAUCUAGUAAAGAUAACAAUGUAUUAUUAGAGGAAUGGCAUGCUUUUGCAGGUUUUAGCCCAGAUUUUAGUCUAUCUAGUAAGGAUGAUUUCUUGCAAAGCAAGUCAUUAGAUGAUGAAUCAGAGAUGUGUCAAAGACUCAAAGCUCAGCUUCCUCAAGACUUUACCUUUUUUCUGAAUCACUGCGAAGCAGGACACUUUGUGUCUAACCUGGGUCUAGACUCAAAGAGCCAAUGCUCUGCAAUAAAAAAAAAAUAA